UAUUAUUAAUUAUUUGGUUUAUUUACCGAAUACAAAAUCAUAUCAUACUUACCAAUAUCAGACAGACACAAUGAUGAUGAAACAAACCUUCUUCAUCUCCCACGGAUCACCGACUCUCUCCAUCGACGACUCCCUUCCGGCCAGGCACUUUCUCCAGUCAUGGAAGGAGAAGGUGCUCCCCACCACACCCACCUCCAUUCUCGUCAUUUCUGCCCACUGGGAAACCUCUGUUCCCACCCUCAACCUCCUCCACCACCGUCCCAACGACACCAUCUAUGACUUUUAUGGCUUUCCUCAACCCAUGUACCAGCUCAAGUAUCCAGCUCCAGGAGCACCAAAACUGGCCAAGAGAGUAAAAGAGCUUCUUUUGGCAUCUGGGUCAACAAACCAAGUCGAAGAAGACACCAAACGAGGACUGGACCACGGUGCAUGGAUUCCCCUCAUGCUGAUGUAUCCAGACGCCCAAAUCCCAGUGUGUCAGCUCUCAGUCCAAACCCACAAGGACGCUGCUUAUCACUACAACAUGGGCAAGGCUCUGGCGCCUCUCAAGGACGAGGGUGUGCUCAUCGUUGGCUCCGGAAGCGCCACUCACAACUUGAGAGCCCUCAGGCCUCAGCAGCAGAAGAAUGAGUCUGUGGCUCCUUGGGCGUUGGAGUUCGAUACAUGGCUCAAAGAAGCCUUGCUCGAAGGAAGGUAUGAGAAUGUGAUCAACUACGAGGAGAAGGCUCCUCGUGCCAAGAUGGCUCACCCUAGCCCUGAACAUUUCUAUCCUUUGCAUGUGGCCAUGGGCGCUGCUGGUGACCAUGACCGAGCUAAGCUCAUUCACCAUAGCUGGAGUGAGUAUGCCCUUUCUUACGCCUCGUACCAGUUCGGAGAGGAGAGGAGAGGAGAGGUGCAUCUCUCUCCCUCUCUCUUGGAAAAAAAAUAAACUAUGUCGUUUUGUGUACUGUUGUGCUGAACAAUGUCGUUUUGUAUAACACUGUUACGACAUGUCGUUUGGAGUUGUUAAAGACAGUUACAGGCCAUUUGUUAGUAUUAGAAAUGUAAUAGUUCAAGGUGAAAGCUUUGCAAUUUGUAUGAAGGUGUAAUUUUUCUCAAUUUUAAAUAUGGAAAAAAUAGAUGUUUCUCAUAAUUUCAUCUAUUAGCAUCUGAAUGAAGAAAGAAAAAAAAAUGCAUAAUUUUGUUUUUAGUUUAUUGUAUAAAAAGAAUCAACUUUAUUUUUAGGGUAGUUAAACAUUUGAGACGUA